GGGCCUCAUCAUGAGGACCCCCCUCCAGGCUAACAGAGCUAACGGAGCUAACGGAGCUAACGGAGCUAACAGCCCGCGGUGAGCGCCUCUAAGGGAAACAGCCCUGAAACAUGGAACAAGUGAAGCAGGAGGAGGACACGGAGCAGUGGGAGCAGAGAGGAGGAGCAGAGGAGCAGGAGGAGCACAGAGGAGGAGCAGAGGAGCACAAGAGCCCCGCGGAGGAGCACAGCUACUGCGCAGCUUUGGAGCCGCCUCAUCUUAAAGAGGAGCCGGAGCUUUGCAUCAAACAGGAGCCUCAGGACUUCCCCCUGCACAUCAUCACCAUCAAAACUGAAGAUGAUGAUGAAGAAUAUGAUGAAGACAAGUCACCUGUGCUUCACCAAAGACCAACUGAGGAAACGAAUGGAGAAGAGUGUGGACCAGACUGCAGCUCGCGUCCACUCACACAACUCCACUCAUACCAGAGACCAUACAGCUGUUCAGACAGCGAGGGUCAGAGGGACAGCGAGGGUCAGAGGGACAGCGACGGUCAGAGGGACAGCGACGGUCAGAGGGACAGCUCCGACGACACUGACCUCUCAGAAGACUACAGUCGAGAACCCGGUCCGGCCAAAAGAAGCUACGCCGUCAUCCCUCCUCAGCAGAGCCCAGAGCAGAGACCAUACAGCUGUUCAGAGCAGAGACCCUUCAGCUGUACAGAGUGUGGCAAGAGCUUUCGGUUGAGAGGAACCUUGAAGCUGCACAUGUACUAUCACUUCAGAAACGGCCGUUAUAAAUGUUCUGAGUGUGGGAUGAAGUUUGCAAAGAAAUGGAUUUUGCAGAGUCACAUGUCGGUUCACACGAAGGGACGGCCUUACAGCUGUUCAGUCUGUCAUAAAUGUUAUAAACACAAAUCUUAUCUGGCUCUACAUUUGAGGCAUCACCAUCACGUCUGCCCCGUUUGCCAGAAACAAUUCUCAAACAAGACUGAACUCGCGGCUCAUCUGGACCAGUGCAAGAAAAGCUCCCGCGAAUGUUCCGUCUGUGACAAAUGUUUUAAGAGUAAAUCCAAACUGAUACAACAUCUACGAGGUAAACACUGCAUGUGUCCCGUUUGUAGAGAAGCUUUUCCAGACAAGAUCAAACUAAACGAACAUUUGAGAUCCCACGAAGAGCCACCUGCCGAGAGACCGUCCGCCCUGUCCUGUCCUCAGUGUGAGAAGGAAUUCACGAGCAGCACAGGUUUAGCCCAGCACCAGAGGAUCCACACACGCAGCCUCCACAAAUGUGCCGUCUGUCCCAAAGCUUUUAAAACUAAAUCUUUGCUCAAAACCCACAUGGAAACUCACAUCGUAAAAACGCCCCACGUGUGUUCAAUUUGUAACAAAGUGAUUCAGAGAAAAAGUGACUUCACCAAACAUCAGAGACGCGUCCAUCACAUGUGCCCGGUCUGCUCUCAACAGUUUACAGAUCAAACCAAACUAAACCAACACCUGAAAGGUCACAUGGAGGGCAGGGUUCUGGACCCGUCCGUUCUACAAAGUGAAAGUGAAUCCACAAAACCAUUCAUCUGUUCACUGUGUGGGAAGCGCUACAGAAGAAAGGCUCUUCUGCAGGCGCACAUGUUCGCUCACUCGGGAGAGAAACUGUUCAGCUGUUCAGUUUGUGCUCAACAGUUUACAAAUCAGAAAAAACUAAACCAACACUUGAAAAGUCACAUGAAGGACAGUGCUGUGGACCGGUCAGUUCUACAAAGAGAAUCCAAGAAACCAUUCAGCUGUUCACUGUGUGGGAAGCAGUAUCUGAGACGGGCUCUUUUACAGGUGCACAUGUUUGCUCACUCAGAGGAGAAACCUUUCAGCUGUUCAGUUUGUGAGAGAUGUUUUACGUUUAAAUAUGAAAUGAAUCGACAUCUGAGACUUGAGCAUCGCAUCUGUCCAGUUUGUGAAGAAGAAUUUAAACUAGACACAGAUUUAAGUGACCAUUUGAAGUCUCAUGUGGAGGACGGGACCAUGAAACCAUUCAGCUGUUCACAGUGUGGGAAGGAGUACAGAAGGAAGUGUGAUCUGAACAGGCACAUGUUUGUCCACUCAGAAGAGAAACCUUUCAGCUGUUCAGUUUGUGACAAAGGCUUUAGUUCAAAAUAUGAUCUUAACCGACAUUUGAGACGUGUUCAUUGCACCUGUCCAGUUUGUAAAGAAGAAUUCACGAGAAACGCAGAUUUAAUGAAUCAUCUGACGACUCACGUGGAGGAUGGGACGUUUGACCAGUCUCGCUUUGAAAGGGAAUACAUGAAACCAUUCAGCUGUUCAGUUUGGGAAGGAGUUUAGGAUGAGAAAUCAGAAGACGCACGUGUCCGUCCGCCCCGGAGAGAAACCUUUCAGCUGUUUUGUAGUGAAUUACCUGGUGCGAUUUAAGAAAGUCUUGACAAACUUAAGUGAAAUCUUUCCUCUGUUCAGUUUGAAUCAAAGUCAUUGUCUGAAAAGCCCGUCUGAGGAGCAUCCAUGUCGAGGUUUGUUUGGACACUUCACCUUUGGCUCCAUCCAAACCACAAAUAUCAGAGGAUCGAUCUGACUGUGCAGGGGCAGGGCUCUGUUCUGUGAGACACUGCGUCACCCAAAAAGAACUGAUCUUUUCUGAAUAAAUCAAAUCUCAGUCGUACCUGAAUGAUACUUUAGAGUCGUACAGCUGUAGGGGUCACUUCAGCUGCCAGGGCUGGGCUUGGUCUUGACCUGAGCUUGUAGUAGUGAAGAAAUGAACAGACUUGAAAAUACUUUUACUGUUACCUUUCAAGUAUUAACUUUGUGUCUUGUGUGUUUAUUUAAACUUUAAAUUGGUGCUCAUCUAAGACUUGUUCAUUUCAGUCCAGUUUGUAACCAUGCAGCUGUUCUGUGUGUGGGGAGGAGGGCAGAUGCACGUGUUUGUUCAGAGAAACCUUUCAGCUGUUCAGUGUGUGCCAAAGGUUUCAGAUGUAACACUCGAGGACUCGUACAGAGGGAAGGUCUUGUGUGAAAACAAAGAACCAUGCAGCUGUUCAGACUGAGGACACGACCUGAGGACUUCUCUGUUGAUGCUGUUUGUUUAGGGGGUUUUGUUUAAAAUGUAAGUACAGGACGACUAAAUAAAUGAAAAAAUAAAUGUCUAAUAUCUGCUGAGGCCAAAACGUCUUUUUUGGUAAAUCCAGGACUGAACUGAUCCAGUAGUUCAGGGGUCGGUGACCUUUAACCCCUAAAGAGCCGUUUGGACCCGGUUUCUCCAGAAAAGAAAAAACAAAACUCUGGCAGCCACAAAUACUUUUGAUCUAAAAUGAAGACAACACUGUAUAAACUGUACACUCCGUCAUAAAACAUCAAAAAUAAAUAUUUGUAAAAUCUCUGCAU